AUGGCCGUCCCCUCUGACCCACCCGUCACCGUCCUCGUCUCCUCACGCGCCGUCCUCACCCUACCCGACGACUCCCUCCUACUCACACCCGCCACCAUCGUCGUCUCGUCACGUACCGGAAAGAUUGUGUCGACCUCUCCCGAGAUCCUGCCCGCCACCAGCUUCCCUCCUGGAACCGACUAUGUCGACCACUCGCCCCGUCUGCUGCUCCCCGGUCUCGUCGACGCCCAUGUCCACCUCAACGAGCCGGGCCGGACCGAGUGGGAGGGUUUCUGGACCGGAACCCGCGCCGCCGCCAGCGGAGGUGUCACCACCGUAGUCGACAUGCCCCUCAAUGCCAUCCCUCCCACCACCACCGUCGCCAACUUCAAUGAGAAGCUCGCUGCUAGCCGAGGCAAGUGCUGGGUCGACGUCGGCUUCUACGGCGGUAUCAUUCCCGGGAACGCCGAGGACCUGAAGCCCCUCGUCGACGCCGGUGUCCGCGGCUUCAAGGGUUUCCUCAUCGAAUCGGGUGUCGACGAAUUCCCCGCCGUGUCGUCUACCGACAUUGCCCUCGCCAUGGAUAAGCUCAAGGAUUCGCCCACGACUCUCAUGUUCCACGCCGAAAUGAUCCCUCCCAUCUCCGACUCGGUAGGUGACGCCGUCCAGAGCUCCGAGGCCCCCCUCGCCCCUCACGGCGACCUGACCUCGUACAACACCUUCCUCGAGUCGCGCCCCCCGUCCUUCGAGACCUACGCCAUCGAGGAGAUCCUGUCGCUGGCCCCCGCCGCACCCGACCUGAAGCUUCACAUCGUCCACCUGUCGGCGACCCAGUGCAUCCCGCUCCUGCGCGACGCACGGGCGCGUGGCAUCAAGAUCACGGCCGAGACGUGCUUCCAUUACCUCGGCCUGUCGGCAGAGGAGGUCGAGACGGGAGACACGCGCCACAAGUGCUGCCCGCCCAUCCGCGAGGAGAGCAACCGUGACGGUCUGUGGGAGGAAUUGUCAGCCGGAGAGCACGAGUCGUGUAUUCGCACCGUCGUGUCCGACCACUCACCAUGCACUCCCGAGCUCAAGCUUCUCCCUGGCCACCUCGACCGGCCGCACGUCCCCCACAUCGACUCAGGCAUCGACAUGACUAUCACUGGCGACCUCAAGUCUGCUGCCAAGACCGCCCCUGCCCCAGCCCACGCCCGUGGCGACUUCUUUGCUGCCUGGGGCGGCGUGUCGUCUGUCGGCCUGGGCCUCCCCAUCCUGCACACCAAGUCCCUGGAGCGCCGAUCUCGGUCGCAGGUUGCGCCGUCCAUUGUCGACAUGGUCAGGCUCUGCAGCAAGGAGACGGCCGCUCAGGUUGGCCUGUCUCAUCGUAAGGGUGGCCUGAAGGCUGGCUUGGACGCCGACGUCUGCGUGUUUGACGACACCGAGAACUGGACUUUCUCGCAGGGUGACAUGCGCUGGAGGAAUCAGUGCUCUCCCUGGGAAGGCCACAAUUUUGUCGGUCGGGUCCGCGAGACAUGGCUACGUGGGAGAAAGGUGUUUGAGCUCGACGCUGCGCAGGGCGAUGGCCUUGGCUUUGUCAACAGCCGGCCUACCGGAGAGGCCAUAACGGAGAAGAGGACAACUUGA